AUGGCACAACGUAGGUGUGGUGACACCGACCAGGAAAACCAGGUCCGGUCCACUCCGGGAUUGAGUCGUGGGUCAAGCAUGCCAGCGCAGAAGCGCAUACCGACGGCUGUAAAGAGAAAACAAACUUCGAGCGGUGUUGGUGCAGUCAACGAAGAUGAUUUCAGGAAAGCCUUCGCUCAGGUUCCAAAAUGUGAUAUUUAUUCCGCUAAAGAACUGAAUUCACAGUUGGAAUCUAUUCGCUCAACUCUCGAAAAUGCCCAAAUAGAUUGGUCUCAGCGAGUUAAUUCUCUCAAACUGCUACGAUCCAUUUUAAUAAAUGGCGGUAUGGAUUAUGAGAACGAGUUGCUAAAUGGUCUUCAUUCACUGGAAGAUGCUCUUAUAACAUCGAUCAAGGACCUCCGGUCGCAAGUAUGUCGAGAGGCAUGCAUAACUGUCAGUUUCCUUUGUGAAAAGCUGGAAACAUCAAUUGUACGGUUGUGCGAAUCGCUCCUACCUGCAACGAUCUCUCUGAUUCAGAAUAGUGCUAAGAUUAUGUCGUCCUCUGGAGUUAAUGCUUGUUACUUCAUUGUUAAGCCGUGCAAGAUCUUAUUAUCACAAAUCAUUUCCGUUUGGACACCGUCCAAGUUGGACAAGUCUAUUAGUGGAAUUGUGGAUUGUAUUAAGGCGGGUAUUAUGGAUGCGGAUCUACAAGCGCGAACUUCAGCGAGGAAUGCCUAUCAGUUGUUGGAUCAGCACUAUCCACAGCAAGCACAGCUUCUGUACCAGAGUCUGGAUCCGUCAAAGCAGCGUGCUUUAUCUGGUGUGAUGUCAGCAGCUUCGUCAUCACAAUCUAUCAACAGCGAGCGUGAUUCACUGCACAUGAGCCAAAGACCGGGCGCGUUCGGAAUGAAUCGACCGAAAACCACGAACUUUUUUGCUGGUCGUUCGGCUUCGGAAAUCGAUGCAAAUGCGGUUCGACGAGCAGCAGCGUUCACUCCAGCAAAGAGCAAGCUCACAGGAUCAGUGGCAGCGAGAAAUAGUCCAGAGAUGGAUUGA